AUGGCUUCCACAAGUGUCAUUGCCUCCUCCGUCUCCGCACCUAUUGCUUCCAAUACCCCCGGCGCAGUAAACCCCGAGGACUACGACUGUGUUUACCGUGGCUGGGGCUGCGACUGGAGGAAAUCGGAGUACGGCUACGGCUCCGACUACUGCGGUCUUUCUCCCUUUGAGGCCGGCCAGCAGCUGAGCAGUAGCAAGGUCGUGGCUGUCUCCAAGGACGGCUCUGGUGACUGCGCUUCCAAGGCUGGUAGCAAGUGUUGCCAGGUCCUAGCAAAAGAACCAUGCAGGCGUGGCGAAAAGUACCUUGAGUGCAAGAGGCCUGAAUAG